UCCUCCUAAAUGAUUAUAUAAAUGAAUUAAUACAGUCGUCAAAAUGGUAGAUGAAAGUACAAGGAAGACUUUAAGCAGCAUUCCGUUACUUCAAAUCAAGGCCGGUCCUCGGGAUAAGGAUUUAUGGGUAGCGAGAUUGAAAGAAGAAUACCAAGCUUUAAUCAAGUAUGUUCAAAACAACAAAGCAGCUGACAACGACUGGUUCCGGUUAGAAUCUGACAAAACAGGAACAAGGUGGUUUGGCAAGUGCUGGUAUGUCCACAACUUGCUUAAGUACGAGUUUGACCUUGAGUUUGAUAUACCCGUAACUUAUCCAACGACAGCUCCGGAGCUGGCUCUCCCCGGCCUUGAUGGCAAGACAGCGAAAAUGUACAGAGGCGGCAAGAUUUGCCUGACAGAUCAUUUUAAGCCACUAUGGGCAAGGAAUGUUCCGAGAUUCGGCAUUGCACAUGCAAUGGCCCUUGGGUUAGGACCGUGGCUGGCAGUAGAAAUACCCGACUUAAUAGAAAAAGGAGCAAUCACUUAUCAGGAAAAAAACGAUGAACCGAAAUGAUAUUAAAAGGAUGUAUUGAAUUUUUAAGUUUACGCAAUUGUUACACAUAGGAAAUGAAACUAUUUCUUUCGGAUCUAUAUCUCAAAACGUUUUUUCAAACAAACCAAUGUUUCGGGCCCUUUUUUAUGAUACCGAGGGACGCGAACAACUGUUCACAACAAGUCGUAUAUGCCUGUAAUUUCACCAGCACCCUUAUACUUCAAAACGGAAAUGCAGUCAUGGUCACAUUACUGGUUGGGGGCAGAAAUAGGUAAUGUGGCAAUACUACCCUGGACGAGUUCCUCCAUAAGGAACUCCACAAUUUAAUGGUAUUAGUCAUCAACAAGCAAAAUCUAAUACUCACACAAACCACCCUAUUCUGUACUACAGUUCACAAAAAUGAUUAUUGGCGUUACGGCUUUUUAAAAAAUUUCGUAUGAACAUAUUCCAAUUUUCUUUUGUAGUAUUUAUGAAUUAAAAGCAAAUUAGAGAAAUUAAAUAAAACAUAUUAACAAGUAGUAAUGCAUUUAUGAUUUUUAAUCAUAGGAAAUAAUAGAUAGAUGUUUGCAAUAAUCCAAACUAAUAAUUAAAAAUACGAAAGUAACUCUAUCAGGUUUUGACGCCUAAACCAUUGAACCAAUUUUCAUGAAUUUAGAUGAGAUCUAGAAAGAUAUGUAUAGG